CUGCUUGGUACAUGGGCAAAGCAAAGUCCAUUUUCAAGAGAAAUCGAUUAUUAGUUUAUAGAUCUUUAUAUACGGACGCUAUUCUCUUCGGUAAAUAUAUGCACUGUCCAAUGCCAGUCUUAAACAUGUUGUAUUUCUGACAUGGCAGAUGGUGACCAUGAUGUUGCAAGUUGGUCAAAGGAGCAAGUUGCUUCAUGGCUGGAAAAGAAAGGCUUGGGGGACUAUGCAGAAGUGUUUCAAAGACACAAGAUUGAUGGCUCUGUUUUACUGAUGAUGAAGGAAUCUGAUCUUAGGCAGCCUCCUCUAGAAAUAAAUAUCCUUGGAGAUAUGAAAAAACUAGUUAACUAUAUAGGAGAACUACAACACAGGGCACAAAGCGAUAACCAUGUUUGUCAUUUACACAACACUGUAGAUAGAACAUCCCUUAGCACUUGUUCUACUCCAAGGCACAAUUUGUAUAGGGUUAGUGCAAAUGAAAAUGUUUCUGAUGAUGAUACUGAUGAACUAAUCGAGGAGGAAGUAGAAAGAAUAGUAAAUAGAAGUGGUCGUUAUGCUCAAAAUGUGGAACCAGAGAUAUUCAAGACAGUUCUCAGCUUUGUCUACAUGUUUUUUGUGUUUCUGUUGACAUCAUUUAUCAUGACAGUGGUUCAUGAUCGUGUUCCAGAUCCAAAGAAAUAUCCACCUUUGCCAGAUUUGUUCUUAGACAAUAUGCCUUACGUGCCCUGGGCUUUUCAAGUCUGUGAAAUGAUUGGUGUCACAAUGUUUUGCAUUUGGGCUUUGUUACUUUUCUUUCACAAGUACAGGUUUACCUUGAUGCGGCGCAUGUUUUCUAUGCUGGGGACCAUUUUCCUGCUGCGCUGUGUGAGCAUGCUCAUAACCUCCCUGUCUGUACCAGGAAUACAUCUCCAGUGUGAUCAAAAGUUUGAAACAUGGUAUGCCAAGCUGACACGGACAUACGAGAUAUGGAGCGGUAUGGGAAUGACGAUCCACGGCGUGAACUCUUGUGGGGAUUACAUGUUCAGUGGACAUACCUCAUGUGUCACUCUUCUCAACUUUUUCAUCACAGAAUAUACUCCCCGCCGGAUGCUCCAGCUACACACCUUCACCUGGGUGUGUAAUCUGUUUGCCAUUUUCUUCCUACUGGCAGCCCACGAGCACUACUCCAUCGACGUGUUCAUCGCUUUCUAUAUCACAAGCCGUCUCUUUCUGUACUACCACACGCUGGCCAACAACCGCUCACUGAUGGCGAGGGACAAGCAGAGACGUAAAGCAUGGUUCCCACUCUUCUCGUACUUUGAGUCCAAGUGUGAUGGAAUUGUGCCUAACGUGUAUGAGUGGCCUUUUCCAUAUCCAAAAUCGCUAGUCAACUAUUUUGAAAAGAAGCAGAAAAAGCAUUGAAUGUGUGAUUAAAUUUUGUGUCAACAUGCUGAUGGACUUUCGGGUAGUCUUUUUCAAUGCAAUGUUGUAGCAGCUGUAUUACUGUAUAAAGUUUCACAUUGUAAUUAUAUUUUUACAAAUUUUGUUUGUUUUCUUUUCUUUUUAGUGUGUAAUGUUAUGGUAUAAUUAUACUCAAUUUUUGUCUCAUUUUUCAUAUUAUGUAUAUUAUUUUUCAAUAUGGUUUUUCUUGUUUAUGUUUUGAAUCUUUUUCAAGGGAAUUUCCACAGUAUCGAAUACAAAUAAAUUGCAAAUCUGCAGGUAUAAGUUUCACUGUACAAAAUUAAUUACAUAGUACAUUUGUCGAUCCAAAUGAUUGUGACUGAAAGCUUAUAGAUAUCAUUGCUUUCUUUCUUUGCAAAUGGCCUUGCUUGAUUAUGAAAUAGCCUUGAAAUUUUUGAUUGCAUCCAUGACAGAUAACAAGAAUAUAAAAAUAAUUCAAUGUAAGAUCAAUGCCAAGUAUAUGUUGCUACUCGUCAGCAUUGAAAACAGAUAUUUAUGUGUAACUUCAUUUUCGCCUUAUUUUAUGACAUUGAACAAAAUACUUAACAUGUCAUUGUGUUAAAAAUGUGUGAACAAUUGAUAUCUCUUUUUAUUUAUGAUGUAUUACAAAUCCAUGUCUUGCCUUGUACAAGCUAUUUCCGAUGCAACACGGUCUGUGAUAAUCAAGUUAAUGUGUUCUUUUUCAAUCUGACACUCUACUUCGCAUUUAUAAAGCUCAUUUUGUUAUGUGUAUUGAUUUGUUGUUUUUGACAUUAUUAUAUGAUAGCAAACAAAUGUUUUACACACCUGAAAUGUUUAAAAAUGAUUAUUCUUUAUACAUUGUAUCUAUUUUUCAAAUCAACCACCUUUUUACAAUGUUUUUCAACUGACAUACAUUUUGGCUACAGCCAGUUGGAUCCACAGCUUAUCUUUUGACCAGUUUAAAUAAUUGAUGUGUCAAUAAUAAUUAUUGGAUAAAUAUUGGCCAAUCAAUAAAAUAUAUAUGGCAUAUAGUGAUCACAUUACUGUCCAUGUGUAUGUGCUUCAGUUUCCCUCCAUCACAUUCCUGUCAGGGCGCUAACUUUAUGAUUGAUGAGAUUUCUCUUAAACUCCACAAACUUGUAUAGAACUGUAGUUAGGUGUGUUGCUAAUAAUAUUUGUGUGCUUUCAUCUACAAGGUCAAGGUCACACUUGGAGGUCAACAGUAUAAAAUGUGGAUAGCAAUGAUUUGUGUUUCAGCCAUUACUUAUUAACUAAUAAUGGGAAUUCAACUUCACAGAAUUUUAAAGCAUUUAAUGAAGGUGUGUCCUGUUUUUGAUUUGUGCUUAAUGUUUAAUAAUUCAUGUACCGUAUGAUAUUUAUAGCACACUUUGUUUCUCGUUCAUAAUUAAUUCUAUUCUUAAUGGUAAUUCAAUCAAGUUGUACCGCAUGAUUUUUGUGCUCACAUCUCAAAGGUCAAGGUUAUAGUUGGGAAUCAGUUUUACACAAUAAGUUUUUUUUUAAUGAAUUGAUUAAUAUGGCCUGGAUUACUUAUUUACUGAGUUAUUGUGAAUUGAUUAAUAUGGCCUGGAUUACUUAUUUACUGAGUUAUUGUGAAUUGAUUAAUAUGGCCUGGAUUACUUAUUUACUGAGUUAUUGUGAAUUGAUUAAUAUGGCCUGGAUUACUUAUUUACUGAGUUAUUGUGAAUUGAUUAAUUUUGAUAAAAUUUGAUCUGCAGGUAAUGAAUGAAGGAAAAGAGAUAUUGAUUAAACCUUUCCUAUUUUGCAUCACACUAGUAUAACUAAGCUGUGCUUGUUAAUUCAAGUUUUAUUGCGCUAUAUGAUGGUUUGUGUUUUUAAGGUUCUACUUGUAACAUUCAAUUGCAUUGAAUCUUGGUGAAAAGGCAAUGCUUUAACUGAGGGUUGUAAUUGGCUUUCUUUUGGUUCAUGCCAUGCUCCAAAGACUUUCAUUGAUUCAUGGCCUUUUUGACUUUUUUUGCUAUUGCUUUAUUAUAGCAGACAUUAUUAGCUUGGAGGUCAAAAAGCUAUAUCUCUCUCACAAGGCCGAGUUGGGGGCAUUUGUCAUGUUCCCGUGACCGCUCUUUAGAAUAUUAUAUCACUAUAACCACUUUCUAUGAAAUUCUCGUAUCAUUUUGAUCAUCAGUCAAGCCUUUACAGAUGGGUGUUUGUAAAACCUGCAGGUCAUGGCCAUACAUAUAGGUCUAUGGAGUUUUUGCCUCUAUACACAGUGUCAGAUGGAUGUUUGUAAAACCUGCAGGUCAUGACCAUACAUAUAGGUCUAAGGAGUUUUUGCCUCUAUACACAGUGUCAGAUGGAUGUUUGUAAAACCUGCAGGUCAUGGCCAUACAUAUAGGUCUAAGGAGUUUUUGCCUCUAUACAGAGUGUCAGAUGGAUGUUUGUAAAACCUGCAGGUCAUGACCAUACAUAUAGGUCUAAGGAGUUUUUGCCUCUAUACAGAGUGUCAGAUGGAUGUUUGUAAAACCUGCAGGUCAUGGCCAUACAUAUAGGUCUAAGGAGUUUUUGCCUCUAUACACAGUGUCAGAUGGAUGUUUGUAAAACCUGCAGGUCAUGACCAUACAUAUAGGUCUAAGGAGUUUUUGCCUCUAUACAGAGUGUCAGAUGGGUGUUUGUAAAACCUGCAGGUCAUGGCCAUACAUAUAGGUCUAAGGAGUGUUUGCCUCUAUACACAGUGUCAGAUAGAUGUUUGUAAAACCUGCAGGUCAUGGCCAUACAUAUAGGUCUAAGGAGUUUUUGCCUCUAUACACAGUGUCAGAUGGGUGUUUGUAAAACCUGCAGGUCAUAGCCAUACAUAUAGGUCUAAGGAGUUUUUGCCUCUAUACAGAGUGUCAGAUAGAUGUUUGUAAAACCUGCAGGUCAUGGCCAUACAUAUAGGUCUAAGGAGUUUUUGCCUCUAUACACAGUGUCAGAUGGGUGUUUGUAAAACCUGCAGGUCAUGGCCAUACAUAUAGGUCUAAGGAGUUUUUGCCUCUAUACACAGUGUCAGAUAGAUGUUUGUAAAACCUGCAGGUCAUGGCCGUACAUAUAGGAGCUAUGCCUUUUACCCAGAGAAUAAUUUGCCAUUGCUCUGAAUGGCUACCGAACUCUCAUAGAAUUUGUUGAUACGCUCAUGUUUAUAAAGUCACACCACACUCUGGCUAGAAUAUUAAUGGAAUGUCCUUGAUCAAACAUGAAUAUUUCAUUAUCUGUUUUAAAAUGUUAGACAUUCAUGUGGUGAUUUCCAAAAAAAAUGUAUUACCAUUACCAUAUUAUAGAGCGAAAAAACAACAACAUGUAUUUUUGAAAGAUGAUUUAUAUUUUUGCCAUGUAGGGCUUGUGCAUCGGCAAAUUGGGACAUCACAAGUCCCAGAGGCUUAGUAAGCACAGAUGUUCUCAUUGGUCGCUGUGUGUUCUGUAUAUGUAUUAUGCAUGGCUUUGUGCUGGAUAUUAUAUUUUUUAUGUAACUGUACAAGAUAGCUUGUGAACAUUAUUGAGUGAUACUUCUGGAUACACAACAAAUGUGAAGGAAACAUUGUGUUCUGUGUUUAUCCUAAUCAUCUUGCUUACUUUAUUUUGAAAAGAUGACCAAUCUAUCUUACACAUUUAAUUGUGGAAGUUCACAAUAAACUAUAUUUAGCUCUACUGGCCAAAGGCAAUUGCAAUGUGUAUGUCGUAUGUGCGUCCAUGCGUCUGUAAACAAUUGCUUGUGAACACGAUAUAGUCUUCAGUUUUGAAUGUAUCUCGAUGAAACUUGUACAGUAGUUAGAUAUCCAUCAGAGCUCGGUUCCUUUCGAAAACCAAUCCCAUGCAUGACUAGAUUAUGGCCCUUGAAAGGAUAUAUUUUUGUGUCGCCUGAAAAGGCGACAAAUAGGGGUUAGUUUUGUCAGCGGUGGCGGUCGCAUCCCGUUUUCACUUGUCUGGGGCAUAUCUCGUAAACUGUUAGUGGCAUCAACUUGAAAUUUCAUAUGUAGAUAGAUCUCAUUGAAGGCAAGUGCAGAGCACAAGAACUGUUACUCUUGCUUUCAUAUUUUCAAAGUAAUUGCCCUUUGUUAAUUUUCAUGCAUAAAGUUUUGUCCCGGGCAUAUCUAGUAGAACAUAAGAGAUAUCAACUUGAAACUUCAUAUAUAGAUAGAUCUUAUGAAGGGCAAGUGCAGUGCACAAUAACAGUAACUCUUGAUUUCUUAGUUUUAGAGUAAAUACCCUUUGUUAAUUUCCAUGCUUAGAGUUUUGUCCGGGGCAUAUCUGAAAGAAUAUAAACGGUAUCAACCUGAAACUUCAUAGCUAGAUAGAUCUCAUUGAGGGCAAGUGCAUUGCACAAAAACCGACACCGAUGCUUCUGUAUUUUUAGAGUUAUUGCCUUUUGUUUUCCUCCACGUCCCAUUUUCACUUGUCCGGGGCAUAUC